GACUGAAAUUCACCAAUUUUAUAACAUCCUUUUGAGGCCAUAACCACCUCCAAGUUAUCCAAUUUUCAUUCACUCAUUUACCCUAUAAAUUCCCAUCACCAUUCAUCAUACUAUACACUUCAACUCUCACACACCCAGAGAUUCAUUUAUUUUGCAUGAAAAUGGACUUAUGGUCAUGGAUAUCUGAGUUACCAAACUCGGACGAGUGGUCACUCGAUUCCACUUCCGAACUCACCUUCCAGUUAGCGAGUUCAUCCGAGUCACUCCAACUCAAAGCAAGAAGAAAAUUCUCAUCUAACUCAGAUCUGUUAGCGAUCACCUUCUACGUCUCACAUGACGAAAAGGCCCUCUGGGUGUCUGACACGUGUCAGGUUAACUCGGAAAAACCUUUCUUACCUCUUGUACUUCAAAUCCUCCAAGAAAUCAUCUCCCGUUCACCUACGGCGCACGAUAGCAUCGCCGCCGUAUGCCCGCGUUCCCAGCUCCAGAAACUGAAGCCCGACGCGGUUUCAUGGAUCCUCGACUCUCACGCGCCGGAAUCCUUUUCGAACUUUUUUAACCUUAUUUUUCUAGCGAGGUUGUUCUGGCUGUGUGCAUGCGACGCGCCGUCGGAAGUGGGGUCUUUGUACUUCAACGCCAUGCUGGCUCCGAACCUUGAAGCGUUCUCGUCGGCUCACGCGCCGGUGUUGCGGGCUUUCUUUGUUUCUUCCGGUAUUGACGUGGAGCUUGCUAUCAUGCGCACGUUUGGGUACAUGUUAACGAAGUGUUUGUUGUUACGAGAGGUGGGUGUAGGUUUACAGCUGCUUACGCCGUCGUAUAACAACUUAGGGUUUUCUUACGCGGCGGAGACACAUGGGUUGUGGGUUUUGAAAGGGUACGCGCCGCUGAUGGCGAUGACACGCGCCGGCUCACGCAGCGUAUCACCUGUGUUUGAAACUAAGGAGUCUGUGCUAAAGUACGCGUUGGCCCACCAGCAGAUUGAGGUUGUGAUACAGUUGGAAUAUUCAGUUGAAGUUAAAGAAAGCUUUAUUUUGGUUAAGGCACGUGUGGACAAUAUAAGGGUCCAUGUGGCAAAAUUAGGGUUUGGUAAGGGUGAAGAGAACAAUGUUUACAUGUAUGAGAGGCAUUUCCCAAGUCGGGUUCGGAUUUGGGUCGGGCCAGAAGCCGGGGCUAGUUAUGUGUCUAGUUUAACCUUAGGUCGAUCCACGGAUAAUAUCGAGAAAGAAACCGAAACACAGAAGGUAUUGAAGGGUAGUUUUGGAGAAACGAAAGUUCCAAAGAUGAAGGCGAUGACUAGGACGACUACAAGGACAAAGGCGAGGUCAUGGAGAUUGGACCAAGACUCGGAUGGACAUGUGGCGAUCUUCGACACCACACUAUGUGACAACAUGACGGGCGUGGAGGUCUCGACAUGGCAACCACAUGUUGGUGAUGAUGCUGGACCCAAUGGACGUGUGGACCGCGAUCAAGUAGGCCAGAGCUUUCAGAAACGAUACACAGGGGCAAAUAGAUCAUUUACUAAAGCCGGAAAUUGGGUAUUUUCUGAAGGGUUAGAAGCGGCGAAAUGGAGAUUAAACAAGGAAAUGGAAGGGAGUGUGUUGAAAUGGAGGAUUGGGGGUCAAGUUUGGGUGAGUUACCUCCCAAAUGAGGUAAAGAGUUCAUAUUUUGAAACCAGGUGUGUGGAAUGGUGUGACGAGGUUGAUUUGCCGUUGAUUCUCGGUGCAUACUAAGGUGUCAAUUGAAAUAAAACUAGCGAUGUUUAUAUAGAACGUUGUUAAUAUAGUUUCUAGUAUCUCGUGACAUAUGAUUUUAUAAGUUGUGUACAUCUCAACAUCUAUAUUAUUAGGGUUUAAGCUUUAAUAAACAAGCUAAUCCAUUGUGGAAAUACAUAUGCAUCAUGUCGUUCAUGUGAA